AAGUGAAUUGAACGCCCUCCGGCGCACCACGUUAGCAUGCACUGCUAGCUGCCAGAGGGGCAGACAAGUCACUAAACGGACUCUGCGGGGAUUUUUUCCUCCCUCUGCCCGCCACAGGAACGAGCCGCUCUCUUCGCUGAAGCCAUGGAACACACGGGAGCUCCCAACAAACGCGUCUUACAGCUCAUGUGAUUUUUCUAAAUGUCCAUGGAAACAGCUGACUAAAGUUUGACAGCUACUCCGUUAGAUUUCCUUUGGAAAAAUUACCCAGAGGAAGCAGAGGUGGACCGUUUGUUUGGGAUUACUGACCCUCCUUUCUGUGUCAGUCGACACACAGAUGUCCUGCUAAUGACCACAUCUAAAGCCAAUCCUGAUUUGUGAGUCAGAAGAGGAGAGGCUGGGCUGAUGACAAGCAUGACAUUCAGCCGAGCCACAGAUGCAUGUCCACUCAAAAGGCCCAACUGAGCGCCGUCCCCUCUGCUUCCCGGCUCUCCACCGGCCUCUCAGAGGGGAGUGUCGCCGGGGUGCAGCUCGUCUCCUGCACCCCCUAAGUAGAGCCUCUCUGUGAAACUGGAGGUUCCAGAUGGAUCAGGGUAGUGCUGAGCAGAGUCCAGAGGAGCCGGACGCAGGAGGUCGAGCGGAGCUGGAAGUCGGCAGGAGGGCGUCGGAGUCAGAGCACGGCUUGUCCAAAAUCACCCAUAAUGCCCUGGAGAACAUGGGAGCGUUGGGCCACGGCCUGAAGCAGUUCUUCCAGCCACAGCGCCGACGCUCCUCCGUUUCCCCACACGACUCCGCCUCGUCCUGCGCGGGCGCCGCUCCCUCCGAGCCCACCGACGUAGGGCCAGAAGUAGGGGACGCUUCCGCCUCCUCGGCCCUCCCGUUGGAUUCUGACAACCCUGCCGCUUCCGCCCCUCCCGCAGCUCUGAGCCGAGUUCUGCAGCAGAUCCGAGGGGCUCCACCGAUCAUGAAGCGAGGCACCAGCUUGCAGAGCCGCCGCAGCAAGGCGGGAGCCUCUGGGGACCCUCCCCAGAAAGGUAGCCCGCAGAUCCACCGGCGCAGCACCCACGAGGUCCUGCUGCAAACCGGACGCCCACGCUCCUCCUCAACCACGGACACGCCCAGCAGUCUGGCGCAGGCCGACAUGCUGCUGACCUCUGGGUACCACUCCACCGAAGAGCCCGACAAGAGUGAUCGCUAUGAUGGCUCGGGCCCCACUGUCUCCCCCAACGCCCUCCCCUACGGCGCCGACGGGUACGACGUGGUGGACAGUACCCCGGACCCUCAGCGUACGAAGCAGGCCAUCGCCCAGCUGCAGCAGAAAAUCCUCAAGCUCACGGAACAAAUCAAGAUCGAACAAACCGCCCGCGACGACAACGUGGCCGAGUACCUGAAACUGGCCAAUAACGCCGACAAGCAGCAGAGUGCACGCAUCAAACAGGUGUUUGAGAAGAAAAACCAAAAAUCAGCUCAGACCAUCCAGCAGCUGCAGAGGAAGCUGGAGCACUACCACCGCAAGCUCCGUGAAGUGGAGCACAACGGCAUCCCUCGCCAGCCCAAAGACGUUUUCCGAGACAUGCACCAGGGGCUGAAGGACGUCGGAGCCAAGGUAACGGGAGGCCUCUCCAGUUUCUCUCAGGCCACCCAUUCUGCAGCAGGAGCCGUGGUGUCCAAGCCGAGAGAGAUCGCGUCCCUCAUCCGCAACAAGUUCGGCAGCGCCGACAACAUUGCAGCCCUGAAGGACUCUUUGGACGAAACCCAGGGAGACGAGGGCGUCGGCCCCGCCGGGGCGAGGACCCUCGGGACGGGACAGUUGCAGUGCAGCCCCAAGUACGGCAGUGACGACGACUGCUCCAGCGCUACGUCUGGUUCUGCAGGAGCGAACAGCACCCCCGGGGCCCCCGGAGGGCCCCCCAGCUCCAAGGGCAACACCCUUGAUCAUGCGCAAGCCUCAGGCUUUGACGCCAUCCUCCACGAAAUCCAGGAGCUUCGGGAAAACCAAGGUCGACUCGAAGAGUCCUUUGAAAAUUUGAAAGCUCAUUACCAGCGGGAUUACACCCUGAUCAUGGAGGCCCUGCAAGAGGAACGAUACAGAUGUGAACGCUUAGAAGAACAACUCAAUGACCUAACAGAGCUGCACCAGAACGAAAUUCUCAACUUAAAACAGGAACUAGCCAGCAUGGAGGAGAAGAUUGCUUACCAGUCUUAUGAAAGAGCCAGAGAUAUACAAGAGGCGCUGGAGGCUUGUCAGACGCGCAUCUCCAAGAUGGAGCUGCAGCAGCAGCAGCAGCAGGUGGUGCAGCUGGAGGGCCUGGAGAACGCCACGGCGCGGACGCUCCUGGGAAAACUAAUCAAUGUGCUGCUCGCCGUCAUGGCCGUCCUCCUGGUGUUCGUGUCCACGGUGGCGAACUGCGUCGUCCCCCUCAUGAAAACCCGCAGUCGCACGCUCUCCACGCUGCUCCUCGUCAUCCUCCUGGCCUUCCUCUGGAGGCACUGGGAUGCCAUUUCAGAGUACCUGCAUCGCUUUCUCCUGCACCCCAGAUGACCAGCUUCGACGGGCGCGUUCAAACCGUGAAAGGGAGUCGCGUCUCCGGCCGGCGUGCGAAGGCAGGACGUUGACCCAGAUGGUGGGGGGGGGGGCCGAAUCUCAACAGUCCCACCUUCUCUCAUUCUUUCUGCAGCUUCUCAAAGCACUCAGGAGGAUUGCAUCAGAAGUCUGUCACUUUACCGCUUCCUGAAAUGUCUUUGAGAAGAAGAAACCAGAAAAAGGAAAGGAAAGGCCGCAUGUCUGGCGUCGACCUUCUAGCUUUGGUGCAAUUGUGGCACGAGCACACACUGUCAGGGUGAAGGGAGCGUAGCUGAAGGAGGGGGCGGAGAGAAUUGCACACUUGAUUUCUCUCUCCUGAGUGAAUUUGUUUACAUGUGGGGAAAACUUUGCAUUUUGUCACCACAGAAGAAGUUGCUAUUCAGAGUUUUUAUUACGUUUUGAGCUGAAUUAAGUGGUAUUGUUUGAAGUCACAUCUAUUUUUAAUAUGGCCGAUUUGGUGGAGUUUUAUUUUCUUUUAACUGUAUUCAGCUGACAGUGUUUUGCAGCUUUAGUUGCCCAUGUCUUCUCUCUCUUUCUUUCUCUCUCUCUCUUUUUUUUGUACAUUCUCUUUCCUGCUCCUGUGGCUCUGGUUUUUUUCAGUCUACUCUUACAUUGCUAUUUAAUCCUUACCUUCUCAUAUUUCAGCUUGUGUGACCAACUCUUCCUCUUCUAGCUCACCACACUCUGAAGAUCAGGGUGCUUUGCACAUUGGCUGCAUCGCUCUUAAAUCCGGCUUAUCACUGAGUCAAAUCGCCGUUUGGGUGUGUGAAGUCAAUAACACUGGCCCUGCCGCAAACGGGAUCGUUUUAUCAGAAACAUGGGAGUUGUGACCUGCCAACUGGAUCCCGCUGUCCCCCGUGGCGUUUCCACUGCAGAAGAAUAAUCUAUGAACUGAACAAACAUACUUGAAGAGCAGCUUAAGUGCUCAAAAGACUCAGUGCUUCCGUACUGUUUCUAUUAGUGACAAUGAAAUAGUAAUACUUUUUAGUUGUCUUUUUUUUUAUUUUUUAAGAAUAAAUAAAUUUGCUGUUUUAAAGGUGAA